UACCAAAAAGAGACAACAUCGAAAAUGGGAUUAUCUUUUUCAUGCCCACUUAGUGAUUUUGAUGAUUUGGAUAAACGUUUUGAAGCUGUUCUUGUAAGAUCUCUCAGUCUUGGGUCUGGAGAUGUAAGAACUGCUUUGAGGACGUUGAGUUUCAACGGUCAUGAUUCAAAACCAACAAGAAUGAAAACAUGUGCUUCCGAGGAAAUGAUAUUUGGAAGAUCCCUUGGCUUUGAAGAAGAGAGGCAACUCGAGACCAUGUUGUCAUUCAAGACUCCCACCGCAUCCAUGGAAGAUCAAGUAUUUGCCAGACUUAUGAGCUCCAACAAUUGGGAUAUUAGCGACGAGUUAAGGACACUUAAUAGCAUGCGCAAGAGAAAUUCUCAUCUAGAAAUAUCUAUAGAAGACCAUCACAGACACAAUGCUGCUCUAAAGUUACAGAAAGUGUACAAGAGUUUCAGAACUAGAAGACAACUCGCUGAUUGUGCGGUUCUUGUUGAGCAAAGAUGGUGGAAGUUGUUAGAUUUUGCUGAACUUAAGCGAAGCUCUAUCUCAUUUUUCGACAUUGAGAAACCUGAGACUGCGAUUUCACGCUGGUCUAGAGCUAGAACAAGAGCUGCCAAGGUGGGAAAAGGCUUAUCUAAGGAUGAGAAAGCUAGGAAACUUGCGUUACAACAUUGGCUUGAAGCAAUUGAUCCUCGCCAUCGAUACGGUCAUAAUCUGCAAUUUUAUUAUGUUGCUUGGCUCCAUUGUGACAGCAGACAACCAUUUUUCUACUGGCUGGAUUUAGGAGAAGGAAAAGAAGUCAACCUUGAACACUGCCCUCGACACAAGCUUCAUCAACAAUGUAUCAAGUACCUUGGUCCAACUGAAAGGCAAGCCUAUGAAGUCAUAGUACAGGAUAAGAAGUUGGUCUACAAGCAGAGUGGGAAAAUUCUUGAUACCACACAGGGUCCCAAAGAUACAAAAUGGAUAUUUGUUCUAAGUACAUCCAAGACCUUGUACGUUGGUGAGAAGAACAAGGGCACAUUCCAGCAUUCAAGCUUUCUGGCUGGUGGAGCUACAUUAUCAGCUGGAAGAUUAGUUGUAGAAGACGGUAAUUUGAAGGCGGUUUGGCCUCACAGCGGACACUAUCUCCCAACGGAGGAAAAUUUUCAGGAGUUCAUGUCAUUCCUCGGGGAACACAAUAUAGACCUCACUAAUGUGCAGGUAAAGAUGCUAACUACUUACUUCUUAGUCCUAGAGUUCUUUCCAUACCUUCACAGACCUAUAAAAAGUCCAAUGGAAGACGAAGAAGAAGCUUUUACCAAAAUCAAUAAAAAACACGAAGAUAUUGAUGCGCAUAAUGGUAAAAACUCUGCUCAAGAGAAGGCAGAUUCAUCAGAUGCUAAGUAUAAUGCCAAAGGAAAUAACAAUCAACCCUUACCACGGUUGUUUGGAAGGGCACGCUCAAAGAUUGCAAGACUUGAAAUACCUAGUAGGGGUGAUGUGUAUGACAUUUUCAAGACAGAAAGGAUAGAUUCACAUAAAGGAAUGAAGUCAUACCAGCUAGCUCAGCAACUAUCUUCUAAAUGGUCAACAGGAGCAGGGCCACGUAUUAGCUGCAUGAGGGAUUAUCCUUCAGAGCUUCAGUUCCGGGUUCUGGAGCAGGCAAACUUGUCUCCAAAACGAAAAAAUGUUAACUUCUCUCCUCGAACCAAAUCCUGUUCCAGCCCGACUAGUGUCAUGACUCCACCUACAGUCCGUAGGCCAGUUACAACAAAGAGUCCACUUUCCAUGGAGCAAAGGGAAUCUUCUGAAAGGGCAACAAAGUAGGCCAUAUGUAGAUGAAGUAUAACACAUGGUUAAAUUUGUCC